UAGUAUCGCUGCUAGUAUAGAUAGCCCAGACUUAUGAUUUAAGUAAGUGGUAGAGUGAUAGCCCAAACAGUCGGAUAUAUAGUAUAUACAUGAGACAAAUCGCCGAUCUUAGUAGGUAUUUUAUAGUCUAGGCAUCUUAUAGCAUACCGCUUCGUCCGUUAUCAAGAUAAAGGCUGUCGUGGAGUUUUCAAACUAUUCAAACGUUGGAAGUGGAUGAUUAUGGAUAUAUCCAAAACCGGAAGUAUUGUUCUACCAAGUGGAUUAUCUCAUAUUCGUAUUGUGUGUUCGUGUGUGAGUGUUGAUCCAGUGUGUUGAUACAGCGUGUUGAUACGCGUGUUGAUAAGUGUGUAGAUUUUGCCGACACAGUGUCACGUGCCCGUUGAAACAAUUAUUCAAAAUGGCGAUUCAUAGCGAGAAACCUUCCAACGGAUUUGCGUCAGUGUUACUAUUUAUAGUAACGGUUGUGAUCCUGGAUAUAACGAUGGCAAAUAAAAAAGGCCUGUACUUCCAGUAUAUCGGGAACGAGGCGAACAUUCUAAAACUUCGGUGUCACGUGGGCAUGUUGAGCUCAGACAACACGGUCGUGUCCAUCAUCAUCUACAACGGCACGGCCAAGGAGAAGAUGGCCUACGUCAUGAAGGAGAAGGAGCCGACACUGGAGAGGAAAUACGCCGAUGGGACGUUUUUCUUGGCCGGUGGAAUAUCAGGAGACUCCUACCACCCUGCCAGCCUAGAGAUCUUAAUGCUGCGCUACGAGUCAACCUUUGACCAGACCUUCAUCUGUAACGUCACGCUGAUGCUUCGCGGAGCGGACUUUCAGUUUUUGUCAUGGACGGUCGUUAUAAAUAGAACCGGCGGCACCACGCUAGGCACCACGACGACCCCCGGGCCGUUCACUGAGGCUCCCUACAGGGUGGGACCCGUCAAGGAAAAAGAAAUUGAUGCUGAGAGUCUCCCCAUGACGGUACUCAUUGUUAUGCUGGUCUUAAUAUCGAUACUGCUCUUCCUAGCUGUAUUUUUACUACUACAUAGGUAUCGAAGUCGCUGUAUGAGACGUGACGAGGAACUCUACCGACCACCUGCCUACUGUCUGGCACCUGAGCACCACCUGGACUGGACCGACUCCUCCACCAUCAAGAGCAAGGGCUCGGCCCGCACCCUCAACUCCAGGAGUCACUACAGCAUCGCCGCUCACCACAUGCACAUGCCACUGCCGCCAAUACCCCACUCACCUAGGAGAAAUAAGACUUAUCGCACUGAAAUUGCAGCAUACCGCCGUCCCCCCUCUGUGGGCAGUAGCGUCAGGGUGCCCUAUGUCCAGCCCCAGGACGCCAUUGGUCAAGAGUCCAGCGAGGACGGAGAGAUCGCGGCACUCAGUUCCGGAAGUCCAAAAGUCCAUUACAAGUCACCACGUGAUCGGCCCACGCGACAGAACAGCCCGCUCUACGCAUGCGUGCCGGUCAGUUCAACAGACGAGUGAGUGGUGACUGACACGCAUUUACCACACAAAGAAACCCAAGACGCUAAACUAAUUAGAGAUGACGUAAAACCAGUUAAUUAACAAUCCAGGAGGCGGUUGGAUAAUGAUUAGCAUCUGUACAUCGACGGAUAACCCUAGCCUAGCUCUAGUUACGUCUAAACACCAAGUACGCCGGCAGUCUCUACGAGUUCGCCUCACGAAAUCCACUGGUAAAUCUACUGUCUCUAAAAGCUUUCCGUAAAAGCUAAGACGUCAAUUUACUGCUCGUCUGGGAAUUCCCGGAGAGUAAAAAUAACUACAUAAAAACAGUAUCAUCCGUUUUCAUGUGUGGGAAUUCCCAUUUACAAUUCCUUGUUUUGUAAAUAUUAGUAUUGUUAGGAUGGUUUUUUUUUUAUAGUUAAAAAACUGAUUGAAGAAAUUCAAUAUUAACUGUCUAAUUAAUGCCACAAAACUGUCAAAUCAUUAUUUGUGAUUAAUUAGCUUGCUGUUUCAAAUAUGUGAACUCAUAAAACAGACACAAAAACAAACCAACAAACAAGCAAUUAUUAAUGAUAAUCAUCAAAUUCUGCAGACAGUUACAUAUUUCUAAUAAUUAGCAAAGAAAAAAAAAUUACUUGGAUGUAGAAAGUUUUAAUUAAAGUGGAAUUCUUCAGUGAAAGUAGAAUUAUAUUUGUUUUUAGAAUUGACAAACUAAAGUCAACGUCGUGUUUCAACAAUUCAAGGAGGCAAUCUUGACGUCAUUUCUGAAAUACAGAAACAAUGUCUACUGGAAGGAGUGAGUUUAAAAAUAAAAUGUUUUAAAUUCCCGAUAGCUUACAUGACGUCACAUCAGGCAUGUUGACGUCAGUGUUAUUGUUUUUACUGUUACCUACCUAUAACAUGUGUCCUUAUUUGUAAUUUGCAAUGAAAUUGUAACGGGAAUUUUUGUUAUUGUGAUGAUUUUAUUUUGUGAUACUAAAUGGGUAUGAGGAAAAGAAAAUUCAUUUACAUAAUUUUUUUAAACAAUUUUUAAAAUUUUAACACGUUGUUUACUUAAAUGUAGAAGCAUUUAGAAUAGUCCUUGUUUUGUUAUAAAUACGCCGCCCAUGACCUGUGUUUGUAUAAAGAUUUUGAAUGUUUGCAUUUAAUAAUAAUUUUAAGAUAAUACAAGGGAGUUAACUGAUUAAAAUAUUCUCUCAAGUAUAGUUCACGAAUCACCUCCCUUUGACCAGACAUGUUACUAUGUGCAUAAAAGUUUUUUAAAUUUCUUAAUAUUAUACUUUAAAAUUAUUUUUAUUUUAUAAUUUGCUUUAAAUUGCAAUUAAUAAUCUGCUUGAUAUGUUCGUUUAAAAUUAUUUUCGCCAUCAUAUUUUUGUUUUGUUCCACGUAUGUUAGUUUCUCUGCCAUGUGUCAAUCAUUGAAGUCCUUGCAGAAUAGCUUUGAACCCUGACCUACUGUAUUGGUUACCAAUAGGCCAUACACUUUAUUUGCUUUUUGUUUAUUCUAAUAUUACAAAAAAUGACACUUUUCUUAUCGAGCAUUGUUCAUGUCACAGUGUCACAGUUACGGUGUCAUUGUUGUGUCACAACGUCCGUCACCUAACUGCCGUCAAUGGUCAACGC